GCGUCAAAAUGUCACCGGAAGUGACGUCACAUGUGAAUGCAGCGAGCAAAUGGUAACAACGGGCUAUAAGAAGCAUUUUUGGUGUCCAAGUUAGGUCCCUUCACAGAACACCGGACCAACUACUUUAUAAAGUUCUAGCUGGUGAUUUCAGCAAUCACGCGACUUUUAAUGUCACAGGUCUCUUAGCUGGGCAACGGUUUCACAAAGUAAAGGAGAAACAUUAUAAGAAUAUCUGAGAAAUUCAGUUGCUGAACAAGACGAUGUCUGACACCACUGAGAACCAAACCUCACACCUUCCUGAUGCACACGGAGGGCAUCAAGAGGAGAACCCGGGCACUGGGCUAUUUAAUGUGAAGGAAGAGGGUGAGACAGAUGACAUGAAUAGUCAUCAGACUGAAAUACAUUGGUCCCUCCCUGCCGACGCUGAUAACACUGAUGUAGUGAAAGAUGAGAUAACAGAAGAUCUGUAUACGCGUGAUCAGGUGAAGACUGAAGAGGAUGAAGUUCCUAUAAAUACGGCUACAGGUGUAUUUACAAACUGCAGUAAUUCUAGUCCUAGUCAUGGUGAAAGUAGUGAUUCUUCUUUCAAUCUUCUUCAACAUCAACGAAGCAAUGUGCAAAAUUUAUAUUCUGAAGAUGGGACAUGCUUUUCUAGGAAACCAAAUAUUUUAAAACAGAAAUGUUAUACAGGACAUAUUGCUUUUUCAUGUUUUGAUUGUGGAAAAUGUUUUGUUCAGAAAUCUACUCUUACUGAGCAUCAGAAAAUUCAUACACAUGAGACGUCAUUUUCAUGUUCUGAAUGUGGGAAAGAUUUUACGAAGAAAUCCGCUCUGCUUAAGCAUCAGAAAAUUCAUACAGGAGAGAAAGCAUUUUCAUGUUCUGAGUGUGGAAAAUGUUUUUCUCAGAAAUGGGAACUUGUUCGACAUCAGAAAAGUCAUACAGGAGAGAAAGAAUUUCCAUGUUCAGAAUGUGGGAAAUGUUUUGUUAUGAAAUCAAGUCUUAUUGUACAUAAAAAAAUUCAUACAGGAGAGAAAGCAUUCUCAUGUUCUGAAUGUGGGAAAUGUUUUAUUUCUAAAUCAGGUCUUAUUUUACAUCAAAAAAUUCAUACAGGAGAGAAAGCAUUUUCAUGUUCUGAAUGUGAGAAAUGUUUUACUCAGAAAUCAAGUCUUAUUGCACAUCAGAAAAUUCAUACAGGAGAGAAAGCAUUUUCAUGUUCUGAAUGUGGAAAAUGUUUUUCCAUGAAAUCGCAUUUAAUUACACAUCACAAAAUUCAUACGGGAGAGAAAUCAUUUUCAUGUUCUGAAUGUGGGAAAUGUUUUGCACUGAAAUUAUAUCUACAUAUGCAUCAGAAAAUUCAUACAGGAGAGAAAGCAUUUUCAUGUUCUGAAUGUGGGAAAUUUUUUACUCUGAAAUCAAAUCUUAUUAUGCAUCAGAAAAUUCAUACAGGAGAGAAAGCAUUUUCAUGUUCUGAAUGUGGGAAAUGUUUCAUUCUGAAAUCAAAUCUUAUUAGGCAUCAGAAAACUCAUACAGGAGAGAGAGCAUUUUCAUGUUCUGAGUGUGGAAAAUGUUUUUCUCAGAAAUGGGAACUUGUUCGACAUCAGAAAAGUCAUACAGGAGAGAAAGAAUUUCCAUGUUCAGAAUGUGGGAAAUGUUUUGUUAUGAAAUCAAGUCUUAUUGUACAUAAAAAAAUUCAUACAGGAGAGAAAGCAUUUUCAUGUUCUGAAUGUGGGAAAUUUUUUACUCUGAAAUCAAAUCUUAUUAUGCAUCAGAAAAUUCAUACAGGAGAGAAAGCAUUUUCAUGUUCUGAAUGUGGGAAAUGUUUUGUUAUGAAAUCAAAUCUUAUUAGGCAUCAGAAAACUCAUACAGGAGAGAAAGCAUUUUCAUGUUCUGAAUGUGGGAAAUGUUUUGUUAUGAAAUCAAAUCUUAUUAGGCAUCAGAAAACUCAUACAGGAGAGAGAGCAUUUUCGUGUUCUGAAUGUGGGAAAUGUUUUAUUCUAAAAUCACAUCUUAUUAGACAUCAGAAAACUCAUACAGGAGAAAAAGCAUUUUCAUGAUCUGAAUGUGGGAAAUGUUUUACUCAGAAAUCAAAGCUUAUUACGCAUCAGAAAUGUCAUACAGGAGAGAAAGCAUUUUCAUGUUAUAAAUGUGGGAAAUGUUUUUCCUUGAUAUCACGUUUUAUUACACAUCAGAAAAUUCAUAAAGGAAAGAAAUCUUUUUCAUGUUCCCAAUGUGGGAAAUGUUUUGCUCUGUAAUUAUAUCUUCUUACGCAUCAGAAAAUUCAUAAAGGAGAGAAAGCAUUUUCAUGUUCUGAA